AUGGAUUCAAACAUUGAUCCUGCUGUAGCAGCAGAUCAUCAUAUAUAUAAUACUAGUGAUUUAUCUCACAACACUAAGGUUGACACCAACCAAGUAGAUGAUACUGAUAUUACUACCAACGAACAUAGACAGGAUACUACUUUUGACUAUGACUUCAUUUCGGCGACUAAAGAAACUGACAAUAUUCCACUCCCCCAAGUAGAAGAAUCAACUACUGAGGCUGCGUUACAUAUCUUAAACAGUUUAAAUGAACAGAAUCAUGAAAAUUACUUCAAUGAAAAUGGUAAUGACUAUUCAAAAGAUAUCGACACUCAAGAAAAUUCAACAAAACAAGAAACAGAAGAAGAUGAAGCAGUUAAAUUAGUUCAAUAUAAUCCAGAUGAAAAACCAAAACGAUUAGGUAGACCUCGGAAACAUAUUUCCAAUAAUUGGCCACAACCUGAAAAUUCAUCUUCUGAAAAUUAUAAUGAAUCAAUAAUAUCAAAAUUUAGAUUGGAUUCUCAACCUGUACAAGGUCCUGGUUCAAGAGGUGGGAAAGCUGGUGUUAGGAAAAGUCCAAGAGGAAGAGUUACUUUAGAUUCUGUUAGAAAGAGACAAGCUACUUUGAAUUUUACUGUAAGUGAAGAUAGUAAUACUUCAAUUGGAUUGGAAAUCAAUAAUGAUAAUUCAAAUGGUAGUUCCAAUGGAGAGAAAUCAAAGGAAUCUUCACAUAUCGGUGAUCAGAAUGAUACGAUGGAAUCAGAAGAAUCCCCAAAUAAUGGCGACGGGGACUUGCUGGAAACUCCAGAAGUUGUUGAAGAAAUAGAAAGUGAGGGAGAUGCCGAAUCCAACCCUACGACAGAAAAGUCAGAUCCCCCUAUAAACGGGACCGUACUGAAAUCAACCUCCCCUUCAGGCACCAAAAAGAAAGCACCUAAAUUAAUUCUUAAAUUGGGAAACAAAACGUUCAAACCCACGCCUUCAAAAUUAACCAAAAUCGCCCCAAAACCUAUAGGAUUCUCAUCUACUGCGUCCUCAGACACACCAGCAGCUUCAAAGAGAAAAUCAUCACCUGCUAAAGCUGCCGCCACCACCAAAAAGAAACUUAAACUUUCUCUCACCAAAACCACAAGUAGAACCACUGUCAAAAACGGUAGGAAUAAACUUACAAGACAAUUACCAGGUCCGUUAGUCGGAUUGUAUUAUGAUUUAUAUGAUGACAAUUUAUCAGAUGAAUAUUUUGAAGGAGCCAAAAAGGAAAAAAUCGCCCUUGGAUUCCCGUGUAUUAAAUCCCCCUAUGCUAGUGAUUUAGUAUUUAUUGUUGGAUUUUUGAAUAAGUUUAAGGACGUUAUACCGAUGGAAACCAAUUUAGGUCCUAAAGAUUUUGAAAAAGGGUUAGGAUUGCCCAAGGUUGGAAGUGACGGGAUAUGUGAUGAUAAAUACAACGCGAGAGAAGUUUCUUUGGCGAAUGAGGAGGAAACGGAGGGAACUGAUGAGAUAUCACCUGAAAUGGAAUCAUUAUUCAAGAAAUUGUUGACAUUAGUCCUAAAUCGAAAGAAACCAGUCACGUCGAUCGCCAAAGCGAUUGCAGAAUUAAAACCAAUGUCAAUCUCCCUCGGACUUCCACAAGAAUGGAAACAACUCAAACCACACCCCAACCCACCUUCUCCAGACUCCAUUCAAUCCCCAGUCGACCCCUCUCAUCCGGAGAUCCAUAUCUCCGAACUCCCCCAGAAUCAAGAAUACCUAAUCACAUUCAACCCCUUCUACACUACUCCACUAUUCGAAUCGCACGGACUUGCAGCCCUCUCUAAUCCUCAAGACAGACUCAUCCUCAUCCGCACACUUAUCCAAUGGUCCCUUUCUACAUCCGACAUAAUCAAAUCCGCAAUCACCCGAUCAGUCCAUGCUCAAGAUUUACCCGGGGAUAAAGAAACCUACUACGCCGCGCGAUCAGUCCUCUACGGAUUCAAACAUACUGAAGAAACGAAACGCGAGGCGGAGAUCAAACUCACCAAAAGAAAAGAUGACGACGCCGGUGUGGUGAAAUACGUUGAUCCUAUGUCUGACCCCAUGGUCCAUUCUAUGGGACUUAGAUUGAUACCCUCUGUGAUUGGUGAUUUGGGUUUUGGUAUUGGAAGAGUGUUUUUUGUGAGAAUGGAUGAGGGUAGUAAUGGUGGACUUAAUUCUGUGAGGAAAAUGAGUCAGAUUUGGGGCUUGCUGAAUGCGGCUGCUAUUGGUGGAGAAGUUCCUUCUGGAUUUGGAGUGUUUGUCCAGGAUGUACAUCUGAUGUUGGUGGCUGCUUUAACGAGUGAUGGGGUGGAGUUUGAUGACAACGGGAUGGAAGUGAAAUCAGAGCCGGUGGAGGAGAGCGAGUGUUGGUAUGAGGUUGCAAAGGAUGUCAGUGAAUUAGGGGAAUUUGUUAACUUUCUUGGUCGAAGAUUGGGUAUGAUUGAAACUGAGGAACCCGUGGUUGUUAUUCCAAUGGCAUCGAAGAUUUAUAGACCGGUUUUGGCAUUGUAUGAAUACCUAAGCGGAAUCUUACCAUUAUUAGCCUCACAAGAAGAGUUAAGGAAACUGAAUUUAGAUUCGAGAGCGACGAGAAGAAAGAGAGAAGUUGUAGAUUAUAGUGACGCCCGUGCUUCUGAGAAAUAUAAAACUGCGAUUGAAGCUGAAGGCUCUGGAGAGUAUAUCGAUGAAAAUGGUGCAUAUGAUGAUGAUGAUUACGAAGGAGAGGAGAACAUCUCUGAAGAUGAUGAAGAUGAAGAGUAUCAAGAUUGA